GAUCCAUAUUAUAGAUUUAAUGACUUGACGUACAGAUGGAUCUCUCUGGAUAACUGGACUUACAGCCGGACGUUCAAAACGCCUUUUGGCAUCAGAAAGUGGCAGAAAGUGAAUUUGGUUUUCGAUGGAGUAGAUACAGUAGCACAGAUCCUGAUCAACAACAUCAGUCUUGGAAAAACAGACAACAUGUUCAACAGAUAUAGCUUUGAUAUUACCAGCGUGAUCAAGGAGGUCAAUUUUGUUGAAGUCCGUUUCUUAUCAGCCAUUUCAUAUGCCGCAGAGCAGAGCAGAUGUCACAAAGCAUACAGCAUACCCCCGGCAUGCCCUCCACCUGUGCAGAAAGGAGAGUGCCAUGCUAAUUUCAUCAGAAAGGAGCAGUGUUCAUUUAGUUGGGACUGGGGCCCUUCUUUUCCUACUCAAGGAAUCUGGAAAGAUGUUAGGAUUGAGGCCUAUAACCACUGUCACCUGAUUUACUUUUCUUUGACUUCUUUCUUUGUACAGAGUGCUCAGCAGUGGAGUCUUGAAAUCGAAUCUAUUUUUGAUGUAGUCAGCUCCAAGCCAAUUGUGGGUCUUGUGACUGUGAACAUUCCCAAACUGCAAACGUGGCAAAUAUUCAGUGUGGAGCUCCAACCUGGAGAAGGCAGCGUUGUGCUGCUUGUAAACAUCAACAAGACUUCUAUGGUGGAGGCUUGGUGGCCAAAUGGACAUGGAAAGCAAACUGGAUACAACGUGACAACAACUUUCGUCAUGGAGGGAGGAUACCAGAUUGAGAAAAUUUCAAAGGCCUAUUUCCGUACAGUAGAACUUGUUCAGGAGCCUAUUCUUGGCUCACCAGGUCUGAGUUUCUACUUCAGAAUCAAUGGCCGACCCAUUUUCAUUAAGGGCUCAAACUGGAUUCCAGCAGAUUCUUUCCAGGACAGAGUGACCUAUGACACAUUAUGGCUACUCUUGAAAUCUGCAGCAGAUGCUAACAUGAAUGCACUUCGAGUUUGGGGAGGAGGAGUAUAUGAACAAGAUGAAUUUUACGAUAUUUGCGAUGAAAUGGGAAUUAUGAUUUGGCAAGAUUUUAUGUUUGCAUGUGCCCUAUAUCCAACUGACCAGAAUUACUUAGAAUCUGUAAGGGCAGAAGUUUCUCAUCAGGUAAGGCGUUUAAAAUCCCAUCCAUCAAUUAUUCUCUGGAGUGGUAACAAUGAAAAUGAAGCAGCAAUUGCAAGCAACUGGUUCUCCAUACCUUAUGCUGACAGAGAAGUCUAUAUCAAAGACUACGUGAUGCUUUACGUGAAGAACAUCCGAGAAAUAGUUCUUAAGGAAGAUAAGAGCCGUCCUUUUAUUGCAUCCAGUCCUUCCAAUGGCUUGGAAUCAGUUAAAGAAGGUUGGCUCUCACAGAAUCCUUAUGACACCCAUUAUGGUGACACUCACUUCUAUGACUACAGCAGUGACUGCUGGAACUGGACAGUGUAUCCCAAAAGCCGUUUUGCUUCAGAAUACGGAUUUCAGUCUUGGCCUUCCUUUAGUACAAUCGAAAAGGUUUCCUCCACUGAGGACUGGUCCUACACAAGCAAUUUUUCUCUCCAUCGACAACACCACGAAAAUGGCAACGAUGAGAUGCUCCGGCAGAUUGGCUAUCAUUUCAAGCUUCCUCAGAGCACAGAUCCCAUAAAGAAGUUCAAAGAUAUGAUUUACCUCACACAGGUGAUGCAGGCUCAGUGUGUAAAGACAGAAACUGAAUUCUAUCGCUCUAGUCAAAGUGAAAUAAUCAAGGGAGAAGGACGCACAAUGGGAGCUCUGUACUGGCAACUCAAUGACAUUUGGCAGGCACCUUCCUGGGCUUCCUUGG